UUGAUUGAGUACACGCGCGAAGUCGCGUCCCAGGUAGCGCAGGCGGGGCUGACCGUGAUUUCCGGCGCUGCAAAGGGCGUGGACAGAACCGCGAUGAACGCAGCUUUGGAAACCGGCGGCCAAGUCGUGGGCGUGCUGGCAGGGGACCUUGAGCGCACGGUCAUGAAUCGGGAGUAUCGCGACUUGCUGGUUGCGGAGCGGCUCGUUCUGCUCUCGCCGUACGAACCGAGCUCAGGCUUCAACGUCGGGCAUGCGAUGCAACGAAACAAGGUAAUCUACGGGUUGGCUGACGCGGGCUUGGUGGUAAACGCCGUCGUGAACCGGGGAGGCACCUGGGCCGGAGCUGUCGAGCAGUUGCGGAAGUACGCGGUACCCGUUUUCGUGCGUUCGACGGGCGAUCCGUCCGAGGGUCUUGAGGCACUGAAGGUGCGCGGCGCCAGGCCAUGGCCAAAUCCGAACAGUGCGAGUGGAAUCAAGGAGGUUCUGCGCCUGGACUCGGCUCAGGACUUUCGGACCAUGACGGGCGUGUUGGUCCGUACUCAGGAACAUCACGAAGUGGCAAGUCCGGAUUGUUCCAUGGACACGGGACUGCCGACGAACGACGUAUCCCCUGACCGUGUGAACGCCACCACGAACUACGCUGAGGAGUUAUAUCGAAUGGUGCGGUCUUGGGCGCCACGCAUCUGUGCCCAACCCAAGAAGCCUCGGAGGUCGCAGGAGAGUUGGGAGUCAGCCAGCCUACAGCGAAUGCAUGGAUACAGCGACUCGUCGAAGAGGGAGCACCAUAGAGAAGCGCGCCAGGCCCGUCGUUACGUUGCACCGCAGCAAGAGCUGUUUGAGCAUGUUCCGACUCAACAAGGGUAG